AUGGCCACCGAGCAAACCAUUUCCGAGCGCUCUGCCGAUGAAAACAUAUCCCCUCAAGAUGCUCAAGGCGCCCAAGUCCCUCUGACAAACUUCACCAUCCCAACGUUCCCUCCCGAAGCCCAUGGUCUUCGUGCCUUGACAUUGACCAGUGACAUCAAGGUUGAUGAGUACCAGGCCGAGCUUUCAAAACCCUUCUCCAUCCCUCCGCUGCCUGCAUCUAUCGAGUCCCUCACUCUUGAACUGUUCUCCCUGGGAUAUCCCGCAGGUUUCCUGACUGCCCUCGCCGAGAGGCUCCCAAACUUGAAGAGCGUGGUCAUAUACUCGCAACUGUUCGCUGGCAUCACACAGGAGUCUCAAAAGGAUGCUGUGGCUUUCUUCAAGGCAUUGCCGGGUCUCAGAGCUUUGCACUUGCUGGACUGCUUCGCCAAGGCCCAUUUCUUCGAGGAUGCUAGCAAGUGGCUGAGGUACAAUACGUCAGAUGUGUCUGGAGAAGCUCGGCGGGGUCUGAUGUUCUUGGAGGUCAACUACACAUUCAGGCAUGAGGAUGAAGAGUUCAUGGGCAAGAUUCAGGCACCCGAGCUUCCAUCACUGGUUGGACCCGGGUUGAUCAGCUGCUCGUUCAACCUCGCCGAGCCCGAGAACGCCGAAGACGAUGAGGACGACCCGUCAAACUUGCUUGGUGCGGGCGAUAAAGAGGGAGUUAUGGCCUUCAACAAAUCGCUGGCCGACCCACUUAUCGCCGCUCUGACCGAUCCGGAGACAAGUCCCAAAGGACUACGUGCGUUAAACACCACGCUGUACACUCUGACACCAGAGCAGCUAGGCAGCAUACUGGCCGUGCAGAAGAACGUCAUGGUCUUGCAAGCUACUGUAGAAGUCGAACCUGGGGAGGAAUGCAAGAAGGCACUUCUAAAGGGGAUGGAAGAGUGCAGGGACUUGGAACAGGUUGAGAUUGUUGCGAAUCCCAGUUUGCAAUUCUCCAUUGAGGUCCAAAGUCCACGCCACGCCACGCUCGAGACGACAUUUCCUGCCUCGGCCGAUCUGGACGCUCUAUCGAAGAGAUGCGAGAAGCUGUCGAGCUUUAAAGCCAACGUCUUGCGCACGAAGACGCUCGGCACGGUCGAUUGGGAGAAGAAGGACGGACAAUGGGUAGGCGGCGUGAAGGAAGGGACUGGCUGGAAGAAGGUUGAGCAAUUAGAGUGGCGAUAA